GAAAUGAGGUUAUGUUCGGUAUCAUUGUGGUCUUGUGGGAUUGCGAACUGUUUGACAGCCCUAAUUACUCGGAACUACCACGUGAUGUCAUAGACAAGCAACGGAGGGCGUGAACUAACUGCAACUCAUGACCACGAUCCUGUGGCUAUACGGCAAUCAGGCAUAGCCAUGAAGAUCUUCACUGUACCAUAAGCAGCGGACGAGAUCAGACGCUCAACGCCAUUUCACGAUACGUCAAUCCAUCAAUCUCCACGGUUUUAUCAGCCUCUUGAGUUCGUAAAACGGUCAUGGAAUCCGGUACUUUCGAGAGACCUUCGUGGCUUGAAGCUGAGUUUAUUGAAGAAGCACUUCAUUCAAGGGAAGAAUAUGAAGGCGUGUCUGUAGUUGACAGUAAGGUCCAGUUGGCCGCUGGCAAAGGCGAUAAUUACACCAGUGUCAUACAUCGCGUCACCAUUCAAUUCAAACGUAAAAAUAACGAUGAGACAACAGAAAGGACCAGUCUGAUAAUAAAAAGUUUGUCUUCAAUUGAGAUUAUGGCAAAAUUUCUGUCAGACUUUAAGGUCUUCGAAAAGGAGACGGCAAUUUAUCAGGUCACAAUACCAGCCAUGUUUCGCCUUCUGCGACAACACGACGAAAGAAGACAAAUCCAUUGUUUGACACCAUUUUGUUACAAGACUUCCAGACCACACACUCUGAUUCUAGAAGAUCUGAUGACUUCGGGUUUCAAGAUGGCCGACAGGCGUGCUCGUCUGGAUUUAGCUCAUUGUAAAAUGACGGUGAAGAACCUUGCUCGAUUUCACGCCAUGUCUCUGGCGCUCUACGACGAAGAUCCAACGAGCAUGGAUGAGUAUUCAGAAAAAGUGUACAAUGAUACAAGUCGCGAAAUGAUGAUGAAUUUUAUAACAUCGGCAAUCAAUGCUUUAGCGAAUGUGGUGGAGAGGUGGCCUGGUUUUGAAAAGUACGGAGAUAAAUUCCGUCGGCUAUUGCCGACAAUUUGGGACCGAAUGAUGGAGAUCGUCAAACCUAAGCCGAACUCACUCUCCGUUCUGAACCACGGCGACUGCUGGGUGAACAACCUGAUGUUUCACUAUUGCCCGGCCACGGGGACAGUCGAUGACGUAAAGUUUGUAGACUUUCAGUUGUCUCGAUAUUCGUCCCCGGCCCUAGAUCUGCAAUAUUUCGUGUACACAAGUCCCAGCGAAGACAUACGAUCGAAUUACACGGAACUCCUGUUGGAGGAGUACCACAAAGAACUACAAGACACUCUCAAGAUCCUUCACUGUGAACACCACGAAUUCACCAUCGAUCAGUUGAAGGAAGAAUUUGAGGAGAAAUCUCUCUUUGGACUAAUCGCGGCUGCCACAGUCCUCUCUGCUGUUGUAGCAGACCCAAAUGAUGUAAUGGACUUGGAGAAUGUUAAAGAAGAUGGAAGCAAUAUGGAUCUUAAGUUAGUGGAGAAACCCCUUUCGGGGAGACGCUACAAACAAGCUUUAGAGAAAUUAAUACCACAUUUUGAAAAGAAAGGGUUGCUUUGAAGAAUAAGGACCUGAAACAAUAAGAGGAAUGUUUUCAUACAAAAGGAAAACAUUUCUAGACCUUUUAGGUCCGAUUUAUAUUUUUUAUAUCUGAAAUUACGCUCGAACCUGAAUCUUACAUAAUUUCAAAAAAACCUAUAAAUUUUUAAGCCUGCGUAUUAAAAGAACACGGCACUCCAAAGUCAGUCUCCAUAUACGUUUUUGAAUUCCGAACAAAAAUUGUCAAAAUUAUUAUCCCUCUUUUCGCUAAAUGGAAACAAAACAUUUCAACUCGUAGAUUUGUAAAUUAAAAAUCGCUGACAAACGAAGUAUAUGCUCGACUUAUUUUUAUUUUUUUGAGUUAAAAUAAAUAGUGACGCUGUCACGUGGUGUGGACAUGCUAGUAUUUUGACUUGUUCCACAAAUUAAUGAAGCACAAUCCGGCUAGAACAAGAAACGAUGGCAGCCAAGGCUUCACUGUGGGUGGCCUUGGAGACAGAACCGCGCACUUGGCCUGAACAAUGACGACGAUGAUGAUGAUGACCGUUGAUAUUUCGGGCAUUGUUGUGUGGCUGUGUUCAAUGGAAGCUGACCUCGGAGUCAAUUAAGGCGUGACCGUGACGAAGCAAUUAUUUUGUUCAAUUUCAGUAAGUCAGGCUUCAGAUACUUGGCGAUAAUCGAUACCUGACGAUAAUCGAUACUUGGCGAUAAUCGAUACCUGACGAUAAUCGAUCCAGGCGUUUUACAUUUCGCGUAACAAUCGACAAUUAUAAGAAGAGGGCAUCUAUAUGACUAGGCGAUUUAAAAGGUGUAAAUUUAUUUUAAAACAUGGCAGUUACUCAAGUCAGUGUUUAAAUAAAUCCGCAAAUGCUGGCGUAUGAAUACAAACAGACUAAAAAACCUGCGUUGUGAAGUUAGACGACCAUGGAAAGAUAACCUUUCGAUAUUCUUGUCACCGUAGAAAGGUUGAUAUAUUAUUAGUAUUAUUAUUAUUUUAAGGAAGCUGUUUUAAAUGUGUGUUACACGUCAAAUGAGAGUGGAAAGUGAACACAUUCGAAUUUCGAAGGGAGCGUAAAAUACAUUGUUCUAGAGCUUACCAUUUUUUUUUACACAGGCCAGCGAAUUGUUGUCUUAAAAACCGUUCCUUUUUAUACGUGAGGAAAUAUGGAAUUAUCUUAUGUUAGCAUGCACGUAUCAAACAAUGUUAUUUUGUGUUGUAUUGUAUUAAAUUGAAUUAAAUAAAACAAUGAUAAUGUAAUA